UGAGAAUAUCAGAUAUUGCAAGUGUGUGUUCGUGAUCAUUCUGUUCUUACGCUCUGGUCUUUGAAGAACUUGCUUUCUAUUGAAACAUUUGAUCAUAAGAAAGACGUUUAUUCUCCAACAAUGGCCCGGAAUGAAUUCACCGUACAGUUUUUCGUCGUAUUAUCAGUUUUAGUUACCUUCGCAAGUGCAGAUAUUUUUAUGAGUAAUUUCCUGCCAGUGCUUCAGAGAGGUUACUUUAUGAAAUAUGCACUUGACAAAAAGAAGUUUUCUCCAUACAGUGAUUUACCAGAACGUGAGGUUUCAUUUAACUUCACAACUGAGCUAGAUUACCCUGAACUACCCUCCUGGCUUUUGCUGGAACAAAGGAGAGCAAGUUCGAAGCCAUUUCUUUAUGGUGCCCCGGGAAAGUGGGAUGAAAGUACUAAACUUGAAAUUAUAGGCUGGGAUAAGGAUAAUUAUACAGUUAUCAGGACUGUACAAGAUGUAAACAUCAAUGCUGAUAAUGAUUUUCCAGUGUUCCAAGCUGAAUUCUUUAUAAAAAACAAGAAUUUGGAUGAAUUUUUGGAUAAAGAUGAGUACAAAAAUAUUACUGAUAUUGUAAAGAAAUAUUGGUCACCGGAUGACCUCGGAUCAACAAUGGUUAUCUCGGCAAUUGGUCAUGGUGGACGAUUUCCUUUACCUGAUUCUAACGACCAUGAAGGGGUAAUUGUGCGUGUUGGUAGUUCUAAGAUGUGGCCUGAAGCUAACAGUAGUGUGCUACAACCUGGAAAAGAACCAAGUCAUGACUACUUCAAGGACAUGGGCUAUGAAAUCAAUUGGUCUCGCUUUAAAUGGGUUGAUUUACGUCAAAUGAAAUCACCGAAAGCUGAACAACAAGCACUCUUGCCUCCUGAUAGAAUAAUCAAAGCAGUCAGUUAUUCUCCGCCAGUUUUCGAUGAAGAUGCGAGAGACUUCGAUAUUGAUUUUAUCCUGAUAGUGAUCAUCCCGAUAAUCAUAAUUAUUAUUUUUGUCCUUAUUCUCAGUCUCGUCAUGUGCUUUGGCCGUGAAGGAAGGAAAAAACGAGAUGAGCAAACGCCAAAUUUGAAACUGACGCACCAUCACAAUAUACAAAGAUCAACCUUGCGUCUGCGUGAACUGUCAAAACCAAGAGAAAAAGAUAGCCCUCCCCACCCUGGUUCUGAAGACCCUUCACGGCCACCGCAUGCCCAUGGUGAAUAUGUCAGACUUGCUGAUGAUGAUGAUGAUCGCACUGAUGGUCGAAAUGCUCCACCACCAUAUCGAAUGCCACCUGGAGCUGCUGGGCCAGGACAAGCUCAGCAAGUCUGACAGCUGCUAAUGAACCAAGUGUUGAUGCAAGUCGAUUAUAUUUAAAGUUUUUUUUUAUAUUGAACAUCACGUAUCUGCUUAUAGCUUUAGUUUUAAUAUAAUUUUUUAGUCUCCAA